AUGUCGACCAACGCCCCCGAAACGAACGAGGAGCAGGCGCCGACGGCACCCAACUCGCAGGAGGUUUCUGCCCCCGGCGCUCCUCCGGCUGACGGUGCCGCCGCCGCCGCUGCUGCUCCUGCCGACGGAGCUGCCGUUCCCGAGGCAGUCGCGCCUGGCCCCGAACCGAAAGCCAUCACGCGCAAGGAUAUGUCUCUUCGCGAGUUCUUGACCAAGAUGGACGACUACGCGCCGAUUAUCCCCGACGCAGUCACCAACUACUACAUGACCAAAGCCGGUCUUCCCCCUCCGCCGCAGACCGAUCCCCGUCUCGCGCGCCUCCUCGCUCUCGCAACACAAAAGUUUAUCGCCGACAUCGCCGCCGACGCGUACCAAUACAGCCGCAUCCGCGCAUCUAACAGCAACGCAAACAACCCCAUGGGCAACCUCGGCGCCGCCGCCGGCUUUCCCAUCCCUGGCCAGCCGACUGGUCCCGCAGGCGCCAAGGAUCAAGGUCGCGGCGGGCCGCUGGGUAUCCAGCGACCUGGUUACGGAGGUGGUGGGCAGGGAGGAAGCCAAAACCGGACGGUGUUGACGAUGGAGGACCUCGGCAUGGCCGUGGGCGAGUACGGGGUGAACGUCAAGCGGAGCGAGUUCUACCGAUAA